CAAAAAGAAGGUGGAAACAAGCAACAGUGAAAAAGUAAUAGUAAAGCGAAGUAACCCCCAUACCGCUUGGCGGCAAAACAGAAGUGGGAGUGAAAAAAGCAAAAACUGAAAAGGCAGGCGGUGACGAGGCGUGGCAACUGCCGGCGAAAUUCCUAAUGCCCUUUUAUAUCCCAUCUUCGGUACCGACGGCAUAAGCCUCCUCUCUCACUCAUCGUACUUCACUCAAUAUUCCAAUUGGGGUUUCUUCCCAGAAUCCGAGAAAGUUUUUGAAUUUCCAUGUUAACUGCUUUAAAACAGUGCGGUGCAACUUACCUUGAAUGAUCAAUUGCUUAUUUGUGAAAAUUUUGAUUUGGGGUUCGUCGAGCUUUCUUUCACUCGGUCUGUGCAUUCUCAGUUUCCAGUUGGGACUUGCUAUGAUCUUGAUUUGACAUUGGGGAAUUGCUGGAGCUGUUGAUCAUCUUUUGCCACCAAUGGAAGAACCACUUCUAUCUGCUCAUGUGGAGGAUGUUGAGCGAGGGCCUCAACUCGACUCGAAGGACAAUGCUGAAAGUAUUUGGGAUGUGAUGACUUUUAGAUCCAUUACUUCUGUGAUGAAUCACGGCAUUGUAAAGCAGCUCGACUUUGAAGAUUUGCUGUGCCUACCUGGUGACAUGGAUCCUGCUUUCUGUCACAAUGUGUUGUCAAGCUGCUGGCAAGCUGAGGAAGGUCGGCCUGAACCCUUUUUGCUCAAAGCGAUUUUCUAUGCUUAUGGAUGGCCAUAUUUGAGGCUUGGUGUAUUGAAGGUAUUUAAUGAUGGAUUAGGCUUCGUGGGACCUCUGCUUCUAAACAAGCUUAUUCAUUUUCUUCAACAAGGUUCUCCACAUUGGGAUGGCCUUCUUCUUGCAUUGUCCUUGGGCCUCACUUCUGUAUUGAAGUCAUUCUUAGAUACGCAAUAUUCUUUUCGUCUCGCAAAGUUAAAGCUUAAACUACGGUCUAGUAUCAUGACUAUCAUUUAUAACAAGGUACUCAUCAGAGUCUUUCCACUUAGGCUAGCAGCAUUGGUAUUAUUGAUAUGGCGUGAUAGAUUAAUAGACUAUGCUGUGAUAUUGAGUACAUACAGCUGACCUCUUUAUCAAGUAUUUACUUUGCUGUAGCCUGAAACUUCGAUAUAAAAUGUUUUGCCCUUUCAUCUUUUGAUAGAACCUGGGAUUAGGGUUCUAUCGGGAAUUGGAGAUUUAGGGAUUAAGAACAGAAUUAGGGAUUUGAGAAGAGAAAGAUAGAGAAUCGGCCUAAGCCUUUAGAGGGAUUGGGACGAGAAUUGAGAGGAUUGGGAGAGUAGGGUUUUGGAGAGGGUUUCUUAAUAUUCUGCUUUUCUCAUUCUGAAUAAAACGCAAAGUACAUAUUUAUAACGAAAGACUGGAAAAACCUAAUAGACUAUCCUAAUAUGA